AUGGGUAAGAAGAGGAAGGAGAAGCAGUUUGAGAUACCCGAGCAGAACUCGAAGUCGCUGAAAUCAUUGCUGCCGCCGGACAGCCAGCGCGCUGCCUUGCCAGGGCCAGGCGCCCAGCUUUUGCAGCAGGUCGAGGUGCCCAAGGCGUCAGCCGACGCCGAGUUGGGCAGCCCACGCAGCGCGUCAGUGGCGGCGGGUGCCGCAGCAGGCGCCAGUGAAUGCGCCUGUGAUGUUGCGGGCGUCGGCCUGGCGGCAGCUGGCGCCAGCGCUGCCGCCGGCGGCUCGCCGCGCGAGGGGCAGACUCAGGCGGCCGCGAGCGAGGGCGCCUGUCCCGGCGGCGGCUCGGGUGACACCAAGGAGCCCAGCGGGGUCUUGCAGGAGCCCGCCAGCAGCCCGCCGCGCGCGAGGAUGAGCAGCCCACGCAGCCAGGCGGGCGAGGCAGGCGCAAUCCGCUCUGACGACCCAGCGUCAGCAGUGGCGGUGGGCGCCGCAGCAGGCGCGAGCGCAGGCGCUGGUGCUGCAGGCGCCGGCACUGUCGCCGGCGGCAUGCCGCGCGAGGAGCAGACUCAUGCGGCAGCGAACGUGGGCGCUUGCCCCGCCGUCGGCGGCUCGGGUGACACCCAAGAGCUUAGCGGGGGCUUGCAGAAGCCCGCGAUCAAUUUGCCGCCUGCGAUGGAUGCGUCAACCGUCGCCGAGUUGGGCAGCCUACGCAGCCAGGCUGGCCAGGCGGGUGCUACCAGUCCUUGCGACCCCGUGUCAGCAGUUGCGGCGGGCGUCACAGCGUCGGCUUGGCGGCAGGCGGCGUCGGCCGCGAGUGAUGGCGCGCAUGCUGCAGGCGUCGGCCUGGCGGCAGCUGGCGCCAGCGCUGCCGCCAGCGGCGUGCCGCGCGAGAAGCAGACCCAGGCGGCAGCGAACGUGGGCGCUUGCCCCGCCGUCGGCGGCUCGGGUGACACCCAAGAGCCCAGCGGGAGCUCGCCGAAGCCCGCGAGCAGUUUGCCGCCUGCGAUGGUGGCGCCAGCCGAAGCGGAGAUGGGCAGCCCACAUAGCCAGGCUGGCCAUGCUGGUGUUAUCAGCCCUUGCGACCGAGCGUCAGCCCUUGUGAUGGACAGCGCUGCCGCCAGCGCCAGCGCUGCCGCCGGCGGCGGCAUGCCGUGCGAGGGGCAGACUCAGGCGGCUGCGAACGUGGGCGCUUGCCCCGCCGGCGGUGGUUCGGGUGAGGAGCCCAGCGGGGUCUUGCAGGAGCCCAGCGGUGGCGUGGGCGACGCAAAGGAGCCCGGGGGCCUGGCGGCAGCCCAGCAGCAGCCCAGCCCCGCCGCCGGCGGCAUGCCGCGCGAUGAGCAGACCCAGGCGGCAGCGAACGUGGCGGCCUCAGCAGGCGGCAGCAUCGACAUAGACAUAGACUUGCUAGACGUCGACGGCAUGGGCGACGACGCGGAGAUCCGCAGCAUCGAUGACAACGACGGCGACCUCGCUUGCAUGGGCGGCGUCGAGCCGAAGCUGCGUAAGCACUUGCGGCUCCUCCACGACAGCGCCGGGCCCAAAGCCAGGGAGAGGCUGGGCGUGUCUUUGGGCGCGCUCCGAACGUCUUUGCAGGGAGGACCUCUGCGCAUCGGAACGGGCUGCUCCGGCAGCGAAUCGCCAGUGAAAGUAAUGUUCGGCAUGGUGCAGUUUUGGAACGAGGUCCUCGGCGUGGAGAUUCCCAUCAAACACGUGCUCUCUGCAGAGAACGAUACGCGGGUGCAGGAUUUCAUCAGGGCUCAUUUCCAGCCGGAGAUCUUGGCCGAUGACAUUUGCGACCUCCCCUCUGGGAUGUGCCACAACGUUAUUUCCAACAUCACAGUUGAGGUCCCCAGCGUGCACAUAUGGAUCUUCGGUUCGGAGUGCGACAACUAUUCGAUGCUUAAUCAGUUCACCCGAAUGGAAUUGCCCAUGCAAGCGAAAUCAGGGAAAAGUGGGACAACGGCAGACGGCGGCAUGGGCUACGUCAAGAAGUACCGCCCCUGGGUCGUCAUCUUAGAAAACGUCCCCAAUAUUGAUAAGGAUCCUGGGAACUUCAGGGAUAGCGAUUUGACUGGGGUGAUCAAAGCUCUGAACAGCAUGGGGUACUACACGCACCACAAGGUCUACGACCCGAUUUCUGCCGGAGUUCCUCAGUCCAGACGCAGAGUCUACCUCGUCGCGUUCCUGUCGUCCCGGAAGGCCGUCGACCAGCUCGCCACAGAUUUUCAGGCCCCUAACUGGCUCAUGGACGUGCAGAUGUAUUUACAGCGUUGGUCGCACCUCGGGGCGCGGAUCCCGAUCGAGGAUUUCAUGCUCCCCAAUGAUCACCCAGAGGUGUUGACCUGGUUAGCGAAUCGGCUCGACGACAGGACUCGGGAUAAGAAGCGGUACAAGACAUUCAAGUACGAGGUAGACCACAAGCAACUCUUCGACCAGAACUUCGGGGGCCGCAUCCCUGUGCCGCCGACGGAGUCGGAGUACGAGCACUUCGGCGUUGCCGCCGGGGUGGUCCAUUUGCCCACUCGCAUGAAAGAGAGCGUAUUAUUUCAUCGGGCACUCGUCGGGGAUCAGUCCGCGUGGGACUUGCCGUUCAUGCGCGAGAGGGUGGUCGACCUGAACAAGACUCUGUCGUGGCAAAUGGGAGGCGAGGACAAUUGGUUUGCCCCGUGCUUGGUGAGCAGCGCGCGCCCAUACUUCUUGAAGGCGUUGCGCGAUAUGACUGGCGUGGAGGCCAUGUGCCUUCAAGGCUGGGAGCCCGACGACAUCGUGCAAAGCAGCGCUUGUGGGCGGUUCUCCGACCCCACGCUCCUCUCGAUUGGGGGCAACGCGAUGAGCUGCUUCAUCCUCAACAUCGUCUCGCUCGCGGCCUUCAUGUUUUCCGACUGGGACGUGGCGAUGUCGUGCCAGGCUCAGGCGCACUCCGAGCAGGGCGUCGGCGCAGAGGUCCAGCACGCCGACGAUUUGGAGGGCAGCUGCCUCGGCCCGGGCAGCACGAGCGACUCCGACGUGAUAGCGUUGGACUCUGAGUGA